AGACGUGAGCUGUUGGCUUACCACAUGAAUUGCAUCAAGAUGGCUCAUCCAUCAAUGAGUGAUGGUCCUUUUCUCGGUCAGGACUAUGUCAAGCGAGCACCAGUCACAUUUGCAGUGUCCACUCGAGAAGACGAAACAAAGAACAUGGAUCCAAAAUUUUUAGAGAUACAAGAAGAAAUACUGCAAGAUGUGGUGCAGAAGAACAAGUUUGGUGAUCACAUGGUGUUGGCAGAGAAAAAUCCGAAUAAACUGACUUUUCGUGUUGACAACACACGAUCUGGCACCAAGAAUCGUGAUCCGGUGGUGAUGAAGGUGAAGGAGAUAUUUGUAGCAAUGGUACAGUCACUGUGGAGUCAACGACAGGCUAUUCCUUUGCCGUGGGCAGUUCUGGAUAAAUUGUUGGGCAGAGUGUCUCAACUGGCAGGCAACGAAGGCAAAAUACUCGACAUCGAUGAAGUGUGCGAGUUGGCUCGAAAAUUCUGUGAUAUUUUAACAGUUGGAGAAUGUCGAUCGGCACUGAAAUAUUUGUCGAGUUUGAGCACGAUUGCAUUCUAUUCAAAUGUAAGUGAGUUAGAAAGAAAGGUUUUCACUGAUCUACAGUGGCUGGUCAAUGUCCUCACUGUGUUUGUGACCAUCUUUGAUAAGAAAAACAUUCCUCCAUAUUUGUGGGACGAUAUUGACAAAGUGGAGAACGAAGGAUUGAUGUCUUGGCGUUUGGCUCAGUAUUUGCUAGAGAACGAAGGGGUCAACGAGAAUCAGUUUGUGGCCAUCCUUCAAGUGAUGCACCUAUUCGACAUCAUCUGUCCCAUGAAUAUGUCACCCGAGAUGCCGAAGUCUGUCUUGGCAGUUGGGCAGUCAUUUUUCAUUCCCUGCUUGUUGGCACAAAUAUAUGAGAGGCAGAUGGUAUGGCAACAGAAUGUCGGUUCUACUCGGUUUCCUCCAUCUCUCAUCUUUCGUCCCGAGGGAUUUGAUGCGACUCCCGAGGUGAUCUACUUUCGCCUGGUGUCUCGUUGUGCCAGUGAAUAUGCCCAUCCUCGUCCCAUUCUGAAAAGAAGAUAUGCUGUCUUCCAUGUGAAUGAUGAUCUUGAGCUCGAUCUGGAACUGGUUUAUCAUAAACUGCGUUACAUUAUUGCUACUGUCUACUUUCCAGAUGAUGAAAUUUGUAUGAAUGAGCUGAAACAACAAUGUAGCAUUACUCGUCGUUUUCUUAUUCGUCAGCUAAAUGAGGUCAAGAAAAGAGGAUUGGAUGGCAUCAAAUUUACUGUUUGUGUUAAGCCUCCACCAACCAAAGCUGAAGUAGCUGAUUUAAUAGAUGACGAUUGUCUUGUGUGCAUUGAUGAAUAUCCACAACGAAGAAGUUUGUUAGAUCGGAAGAAUGAGCGUGUGCCACGAAAGCAGUUUCCUACCUUGGAUCUCUGGUUUAAUGACUCAGGGAAAGUCUCUGAUGGUGCAAUUGGAUGUGAUGCAAGACAACAAGACGAGCCACAGACAAGAUACUCACUUGAUUUUGAUACAGUGAGAAAUGCUGUUGUUAAAUACGGCUUUAACCAGUGGUACGAGAUUGGACUCAAUUUGGAACUAAAUGGCAAUGAGAUCAUAGAUAAAACUCAUGUAAUACCUACUCCCACUGGCAAGUUAUUAGCUGUCAUUGAGGCAAAAAGGGUGAAAGAUGGAAGAGUGAAAACAGCAGAGGACAUGUUGAGGGCAUGUUAUUACAUACCUACACCAAUUGGGAAACAAGUCACAGAUGAAUUGAAGAAAGAGAGAAAAAGGUAGGCGAGUAGCAACAGGAGGCAAUGAUGGCAGUGAACACUACUGCAGUAGUAUUGUUGAUAUCACUAUGGUAUAUUGGACAUUUAUAUUUAUCAAAAGAAAAUGUUGUGAAUGUUUCUGUUGCAUUUUAUUAUGAAAUACAAUUGAUUGUUUGAA